AUUUUCAAACUCCAAACCAAAUCAUAAAUCAAUUUUUUUUUGUCAGGAUUCUUCAAUUUGAUUUGAUAGUUUGAUACGUACAACCUAUUCUUUUUAACAUAUAAAAUGGGUGAUUUCCAAGAGCAGCAGCUUGUUGAAUAAAAAUAUAAAUACGAUAGUAAAGUCUAAACACAUGGAGUUCUUUUUUUUCAUAGACAUGUCUACAAACAGCUGAUGAGCAUUACGGAAAAAUAGAGAUUUGAGAGAGUAGAUAUGGCAGCCUGUGCUAGCAUAGGAGGGUGUCCAAGUGACUACGUAGCGUUUUCAACUGCUCUACUGUCCAUGAUCUUACUUCUCCUGAAAGCGACAUUACCUUACAUAAUUCACAAGAUUCCUAGGCCCAAAGGAAGUAGCUUUUGGCUUGUGGCAAUUCAAGUUUUUGCAAGCUUAAAUCUGUUGUUGUCCAUUGUGAUGGCCCUCAAUUUUCUAAAGUUCAGAAAGAGACAUUGGUGGAGGUCUUGCUAUCUUUGGGCAGUCUGGAUAGAAGGUCCACUUGGAUUUGGUUUGCUGUUGAGCUGCCGUAUUACACAGAUGUUCCAGCUAUAUUAUAUAUUUGUGAAGAGACGUCUGCCACCUAUUAGAUCCUAUAUUUUUCUUCUGCUGAUUCUCUUGCCGUGGAUAGUUCUUGCUGCCAUUAUUCAUAUAAGAAAGCCUCUAAAUUACUGGUGCCACAUGGGGACUCGGUGGAUCAUACCUGUUAUGGGCCUUCAUGCAUUAUAUGUUGUAGCUUUGAUUGCUUUUACGGGGGCUAUGCAUCAUGUGGAAUUCAGAUUUCAUGAACUCAAAGAUCUUUGGAGAGGAAUUCUAGUCUCUGCAGCGUCCAUUGGAAUAUGGGUGGCUGCUUAUGUUAUGAAUGAGGUUCGCGAGGAUAUUUCAUGGCUAGAAAUUGCAUCCAGAUUUUUGUUAUUAGUUAUGACAAGUGUCCUUGUGCUGGCAUUCUUCUCCUUCUCAAUUUCUCAACCUCUUGUCUCACUUAUGAGCUUGAGAAAGAAGGAUGAGAAGGAAUACAAGACAAUGAGUCAGGCAUUAGGCAUAUCUGAUAGCGGGAUCCUAUUACAGAGGGAAUCAUCAAGCAUUCUAGAUCCCAAUGAACCGUUGGAUAAGCUCCUGCUAAACCGAAGGUUCCGUCAGUCCUUCAUGGAAUUUGCAGACAGUUGUCUGGCUGGAGAGAGUGUGCAUUUCCUUGAUGAAGUGCAACAUUUUGAUAAAAUUCCUGUUCAAGAUUCAGUUAGGAGGAUUUACAUGGCACGCCACAUAAUAGAGAAGUAUAUAGCUGCAGGAGCACCAAUGGAAGUCAACAUUUCUCACCGGAUCCGGCAGGAAAUUUUGAGUACUACUGAUCUCUCCCACACCGAUCUCUUCAAAAAUGCUUUAGGUGAACUGAUGCAGCUAAUGAAACUGAAUUUAGCAAAAGAUUACUGGUCAUCAAUGUACUUCAUGAAGCUGGAAGAGGAUAUCCGCAUGGGAGCAGUUGAUCCAGAGAUGGAACAUGCUAGUGGUUGGAAUUUUUCCCCAAGAUUGAGUUCUGUCCAUUGCAGUGAUGACCCUUUCCAGCAUGAACAUAGCCCCAGAAAUUCUGGAUGUCACAAUCAUGAUUCAGAAUUGCAAUGACAAAACAUGUGAGUGGGGUCAUGACUUCCCAACUUGAUGAGUUGCAUAUAUUUGGCAGUGAACAGGAAGGCCCUAAAGAAUCCAGCAUAUCCUAAUGGAUUGAGCCAAAGAGACGUGAUAUUCAUCUUCACAUGAUGGGAGCUCCAGCUGCCUCAUUCUCCUGUUCCUAAAUGAUAGGAGUCUUCAAGACCAAAUUUGCUGUGUGGUGUUGCCUUCUGUUUGGACCUUAAGGAGUAACGACAAGAUCAUCAUGUCAAAGUACUGCGCGUUGGCUGUCAUGGAAGUGGGCUUCUUGUAUUAAAUAGAGGAAACUUUGUUGUCACUUGUGGGUGCCAAUUUAUGCUGGCUGGUAGAUUCAACAAUGAAUGAGGACAUAUACUUGUGGUUAUUUAGCGUACUUAUGUAUCUAAUUGGAACAUCCGUGGUGUAGCUACUAGACUUGUAAUAUAACUCAACACGUGAAAAACUUUGAUAUCCAUUGUUGUCUUAAGUUGUGAAA